UGAAGCCGCCUUGUAGGACAGUCUCACUCUCAGUCCCAGUGUCCAGGAAUUGGAGCCCAGGCCGGCUAGCGGAGAUGCCUUCCCUGGGCCUGGUGAUGGAGAGCGGCCAGGUGCUGCCGGCCUUUCUGCUCUGCAGCACACUGCUGGUCAUCAAGAUGUACGUGGUGGCUGUCAUCACAGGCCACACUAGGCUUCGGAAGAAGGCUUUUGCCAACCCCGAGGAUGCCCUGAAACGUGGAGGCCUCCAGUACUUCAGGAGUGAUCCAGACGUGGAGCGCUGUCUCAGAGCCCACCGCAACGACAUGGAGACAAUCUACCCCUUCCUCUUCCUGGGUUUUGUCUACUCGUUCCUGGGACCCAACCCUUUGAUCGCCUGGAUCCAUUUCCUCGUGGUCCUCACAGCCCGUGUGGUGCACACGGUGGCCUACCUGGGCAAGCUGAACCCACGCAUCCGCUCCGGGGCCUAUGUCCUGGCCCAAUUCGCCUGUGUCUCCAUGGCCCUACAAAUCCUCUGGGAGGUGGUCCACCAUCUGUGACCAGCUGCGGAAGCCUCCUCAGCUAACCACACUGCGGACAGAGCCACGGAGGCUGAACCUGGGGGACUUUGUGUCCCUUCUAGAAUAGGAAUGGAUUCAGGUCCUGGGUUCCUGGCCAGCUGGGUGUGAGGAUCCCUGGGCCCAGUGUGCACGUGUGUGUUUCUUAGCCUCUUGGGAUCCUGGGUGAAGUGCCCGAUUAAAACCACUAACAGACAAGUUGUCAAGAGUGACAGAACAUGCUUGUCCUCUCGAAAUGCCUUAAGCAUCAACUCAGUACUGCCCCCCUUGACCUUCAAACUGAAAGGACAGAAGAUCCUCCAACACAGCCAUCACUCUAUAUACAGAGCCAAAAAUGGACCAGCCCAUGGAGAGACACCUGCCUGGUGUGUGUCCCAAGAAGUCUUCACAAGAGGCCCAGCGGUGGCUGGCUCCCUGUGGAGGUAGGGUACUUGCUAUUUUUCAGAGGUAGGCAGGCCAGAGCUUCCCUGUCCCUGGUGACACCUCCCUGUCACUUGAGUACUUUAGGUAGCACAGGCUCAGAAUGGUGAGUGUGUCCACAGCCUCAGCUCCUCCGACGACCGCAAGUUAAGGAAGGAUGUGGGCUUCGUCUCACCAGCUGCUGAAAGGGAAUUUUGGGCUUCGUCAGCGUCUGUGGAGUUUGA